AUGACAACAGUUGAUAUGCAAGAUACGACAGAGACAAGAAAUGCAACGAAAAUAUUUAACACAACAACGGCGGCAACAACAACAACAACAACUACAACAACACCAAAACCAGCUGAGGAAGCAUUUCUUGACGAAUAUAAUGAGGCUGCAUUCAAUACAUCAUAUGUUCCGACUGCUAUAAAUAUAACUGAAGAAACAUCAGUUAUUUCGACAUCAAAUAAUACGAAACAAGGUAAAACAACGAUCACCAUUCCUAUAGAAACAACACUUUCAUCUUUACAGACUGGAAAUGUGACAGAAACUGCAACUUUUACAACAAGUGAUGUUGUUAAAAAUGUUACCGAACUCUUAAAUGAUACGAAAUCGAUAAAUGAAAACAAACCAAGCGAAACAGAUGUAACUACAAGCUCGUCCGUCAUUACAGAGUCUGUGAUGGAAACUGCUUCUGUCGCCAUUGACAAUGUUACAGUCCUACCAAAAUCGGUAUCAUCUAUCCCUAUGCAACAAAAUGUUACACACACUGUUUCAAUAUUGAAUGACACAGCUGAGUCUGAAGCAACAACAGAAGAAGCCAAACUGCAACCACUAGUGACAAAAUCUUUACAGACAGAUACAGUAACAGAAUUUGUCACAACUACAGUAGCACAUGAAGGUAAUGUAACAAUGAAAGACGUCCAGUCUGAAAAUCAAACUUUAUUUUCAAAAGAUAACGUCACCUCAGUAGUCCACUCAGGAAAAUCGACUGUGCUUAAUACAACAAGCGCUUCCAAGAUGACAACACAGUCUCAAGUUGUAGUUGAAUCAACCACAGUGUCUGGCUACAAUACGUCAGAUUAUUACGAUGUGUACAACGACACUGACUAUUACUACAUCACAACUGAAAGUCCGAGUGUAACUACCAAUGCUCCAGAUAUAACUGUCGAUGCACCUGUAGCAAACGUUACUGACUUGAGUGCUCCAAAUGUUACUAAUGUUGUAAAAGUUGCGACAAGCGGCGUGAAGACAGAUACAAAUGAUACUGUAACUGCUUCAGCAACAACAACUCGGGAAGGUCAUUCAGUUACAGUUACACCACUAUCAAGUAAUGUAACAAGUGAAAGUCAGACUUCAACGCAAAGAGAAACGCAGUUUCCCGAAUACGAGACGGAUUUUUCAACUAGUGCUACGUCAUCUGCGCCAUAA